GGAAGAAUCUUGUCCUUUACCAGGGACUUCUGACUUACUGCUUUAAGUUUGACCAUUCUUUAAAAAUCUGUCUUUGUGGAAGUGCAUUACUAACUUGCUGGCCCUUUAAGCACAUUUCUACUUUUAGUGCUACUGCAACUACAGCCAUUCUUAGGCCUAAUAUUUGCUCACUCUGUACUUCAGUUACAGCCAUGUAUCCCAUGCUGUUUUUGAGAGGACUAGUGUGACUGCAUCUGUGGUUCAAUCCUUAUCAAGUAGAAAGGCUAGAUUUGUAAUUUCUGUAUUUUUAUUUUAUUACAGUCUUCGAAGAAAGACUCAAACUGGAAGUCUCCAACACCACCCGGCGGCAGAACCGCAGAGACAACGUGUUUCCAUGCGGUAUCCCCGCCUGUUCAAACUCCGGGAAAGUACCCAGUUGUCCCGUUGGUGGCCCAAACCAAAACACUAUGGCGGCGUCCAACUGAGUGAGCUGCAGCCUGACGAGCUACAGACACAGCGGACGACACUCCUGUCUUCAGAGGUUAAAAACUACUCUUAAAUUAAAGUAUGGACGCCGUUGGAGAAGACGAACCGGACCCCAUAAAGCUCAAGUCUAUCAAGAACAACAAAACAUUCACAGUGCCUCAAAAUGACAGGUUUGGGAGCUGCAGAAGUGUCAGAGAGUUUGAGAAACUCAACCGCAUAGGAGAAGGAACAUACGGCAUUGUGUACCGAGCGCGAGACACAAAGUCAGAUGAAAUUGUAGCAUUGAAGAAAGUCCGGAUGGACAAAGAGAAAGAUGGGAUCCCCAUCAGUAGCCUCAGAGAGAUCACUCUGCUGCUGAGGCUGAGACAUCCCAACAUAGUGGAACUGAAAGAAGUGGUUGUUGGCAGCCAGCUAGAGAGCCUGUUUCUGGUGAUGAGUUACUGUGAACAGGAUCUGGCCAGUCUGCUGGAAAACAUGCAGACACCGUUUUCUGAGGCUCAGGUAAAGUGUAUUGUCCUUCAGCUGCUCAGAGGCUUGGAGUAUCUCCACCACAACUUCAUUAUACACAGGGACCUGAAGGUGUCUAAUCUGCUGAUGACAGACAAAGGCUGCGUUAAGAUUGCUGAUUUCGGGCUGGCCAGAAUGUACGGCAUCCCACAGCAGCCCAUGACGCCUCGAGUGGUCACACUGUGGUACAGAGCUCCAGAGCUCCUCCUAGGGACCAAGACCCAGACUACAGCCCUGGACAUGUGGGCUGUUGGCUGCAUCCUGGCUGAGCUGCUGGCUCACAAACCUCUGCUGCCAGGAACCUCGGAGAUCCAGCAGGUCGACCUGAUAGUUCAGCUGCUGGGAACACCCAACGAAAACAUUUGGCCGGGUUUUUCUCAGCUGCCCCUCAUUGGUCAGUACAGUCUGAGGAAGCAGCCGUACAACAACCUGAAGAAUAAAUUCACCUGGCUGUCUGAUGCUGGACACCGACUGCUCAACCUGCUCUUUAUGUACAACCCACAGCGCAGAGCUACUGCCAAAGAUUGUUUGGAGAGCUCCUACUUCAAAGAGAAACCUCUACCCUGUGAACCAGAGUUGAUGCCAACCUUCCCCCACCAUCGCAACAAGCGGGCUGCUCCUGCAGCAGAGAGCCACUCGAAACGGAGCAAAGUGUGAUGAAGACUCUAACGAUGAGACAUUGGACUCAAAGACAAACCUGUGGUGGUGACAUUCUUACAAAUGUGCACUCAAAGGAUGGACGUUGGUGUCUGGCCACGCUAGAUCUGCUCGUAAAGACUUACUCUGGAACAAAUGCAAAACAGAACAGUCCGUAUCAGUUUCAGCACAGCCACAGCAAACAGACUCGGAUUAACACAUUGCUGGACUGCUUUCACAGAGCUCUGUGUUCGGUAUAAUGCAGCAGAAGUCGUGAAAAUUUCGAAAGGCUGCAAGAGCAAAUUUUAUGCUGUAGAUCUGGUUGUUUGCAGCACUGUUCAUGGGCUCAGUAGAAAUCUCCUCUGUUAGGUUUCUGAAGUAUUUCUUAAUAUUCACAUUGCUGCCAAGGUCUGCGCGCUAAAUGAAGCGAUAGUAAUGAGGACAAUGUUGCCUUGACAGAUAUGCUGAGGUAUUUCGUCCUUUGUGUGGAGCAUUUGUCACAUUUUUAGAUGUGCUAUUGUAACCGUCUCUGCUGUUCUGAUAAAACUAUGAAAGGGCACGGCAACAAGGAACUGAACCAACUUGCAUAAGCUCAGUCUGCCCACAGAAACACUGGGUCUGUGUGACAGCCUCUCGUAGGGAUUUGAGCAGAAGAAUCAAAGGAAACAAGAGUUUGUGGCAAAAUCAUAAAAAGCUCUCAGGUUUGGUCCUCCCAGCAUCAGUAUAAUGUCAAUGACCAGCUGUGUGUCCUGUCGAAGUGUCCUUGAGCAGAAAUACUGAACUCCUCAAUGUACUUGCUUAUUGUUAUUGUUAAAGGAAUAGUUUGACUUUUUGGGAAAUAUGCUUAUUCCUUCUUCCAGAGUUAGAUAAGAAGAUUGAUACCACUCUGAGAUGUCUGCAGGCUAAAUACGUAGCUAGUUCUUAUGUUGAGCUAACAGGCUGCUGGCUGUAGCUUCAUAUUUACUGCAGAGCCCUAAGAUUUGUAUCAAUCUUCUCAGAGUAUUCCUUUAAGAGCCUCAGCUUCAAUGCCUAAAUGUACUGUAAAUAAAGAGUGGCCUCAUUAGAAGAAAUCACUGAGAAGUGGUGUUGACUCCCAGCUGUCAAUAAAUAGGUAAAGAUGAUGGGAGAACUGUCUCAGACAGAUAUUUACUUAACUGGAAUAGAUACUGAAAAUGUAACUGUGGAGCGGUGAUACCCAGCUUACUUUGCCAGGGGGUCCUUAAUGCAAGAUGACAGGAGGCCAGGGGCCAGUUGCAGCAGCCCUGUACAAGUCAGGUGUAUGCAUGGGCGUUUCCAGGAUCUGAGAAGUUAGCCCAGUUCGCCAUUCUGUAUAAAAGGAACAGUCACGGAAUGCGGGGACAGAGUUGUCUCACCAUAAAGUCACCAUGGGAGGUAGUAACAGCCUCAAAAAGGGACAGCCAGCAGGAUGGGAUCAUGGGUGGCACGGGUAUGAUGUUUUGGCAACGUAUUAUGUGUGCAACCCAUUGAAGGACAUUUAAAAAGUAGCUGAUAGCAGUUAGCAGCGAA